UUUAGCAAGGCAAAAUAAAUAUCAUUGCAAGCAUAAACACUUGUUUUACAUAUCCCAAAAAUUUAUUCUGCAACAGUAUUAAAUGUUCGUAAUCCGAUGACUCGAUUAUUCAAACCAACUAAAGAUUAAUCGAUUACCUAAAUAAUCGAUAGCAGCAGCCCUAAGAGGAGCCUCUGUCUCCAGAAUUUAUUUGCAAAUUAUAUUGGAAAAUUCCACUAUAAUUUGCAAUUCUUUAAAAAAAAAAAAAUAAAUAAAUUUAAAAAAAAAAACCACACAGUUUGAUGUUUUAUCUCUCUUAGUUAAUGAAAAUGACAGGCCUUGCUCAUCUUUUUCAAAAGGAGAACUUGCACAAUCGGUGGCUGCGAAUACUUUUUUGACCCACUGUAUUUUUAACCAUCUGUCUGUUUAUAACUGCUAGGUAAUCGGCACCGAUGGGUGCCAAGUGCCCUGCAGGGGAACACUGGGACAGAUUGAUUAAAAAAUGUCUGCCUUGCCAUCUAAUGUGUCAACAACCACCGCUCAUCACAUGCACCGAAUAUUGCGCGUUAGCCGAUUGUAAAACACUGCCUGGCCACUACUAUGAUGAACUUAUAAGAAAAUGUGUGAGGUGUGCUGAUGCUUGUGGUAAACAUCCAGCAGAGUGCUUCCAAUACUGCCACCCUCCAGUGACGACUAAAAAGCUGCUUAUUGAAGUUACUCCACAGCUUCCAAAUGCUCUACAGAUACCCUUGGAAGAAUCUACUGUCCUUUUCUACACGCUCCUUGCCCUUUGCAUAGGUUUGCUGCUGUCCAGCCUGUCUCUGGCCUUGCUGGUUUUUCUGAGGAGAAGCAGAGCUGAGAUGAAGCCCCAGCGAGUAGUCGUCAAACGGGGCCAAGGAGAUGUUGAGCGAGGAGGUCACCCGGAUCAUAGGUCUAAACAUUUUAUGGCACACGCAGUUUGUGCUAGUAAACCAUCAGGUGAAUCUAGACCCACUGAGACCUGCGUGUGUGUCCAAUGCUACCCUGAACCCUCAACUUCUAGAAUGCCAUUGACGUACAACCAACAACCGGUGUUCAGCACAGUGUCCCAGAUGCAAAAUCAAGUUCCCCUGUCAACAAAAAACAUGUCUCACAUCUCCAGAUUAGAGACACGUAAUGAGUUAUGAGUCGAUGGUAGAAUGAGGUUUGUUCGUUUUAUAGUAGGCCUGUCAAAAAUAUCGUUUUAACGGGCGGUAAUUAAUCUUUUAAAUUAAUCACGUUAAAAUAUUUGACGCAAUUAACGCACAUGCCCCGCUCAGAUUAAAAUGACAGCAGAGUGUAAUGUCCGCUUGUUACUUUUUUUUUGGUGUUUGGCGCCCUCUGCUGGCGCUUGGGUCCAACUGAUUUUAUAGCUUUCAGCACCAUCAACAAUCAACAUCAACAAUGGCGAGCUACUAGUUUAUUUUUUGAUUGAACAUUUUUCAAAUUUGAAUAAAACGAAAACAUUAAGAGGGGUUUUAAUAUAAAAUUUCUAUAACUUGUACUAACAUUUAUCUUUUAAGAACUACAAGUCU